AUGGCCGGAGCCUGCUCGGCGCGGCUGCAGGGCGAAGCGGCUGCCUUCACCGCCGCCCUCCGCACGCUGGUCAACAACCCUCAGUUCAGCGACGUGACAUUUGUGGUGGGCCGAGAGCGGCAGAAGAUAUUUGCGCACCGCUGCGUGCUGGCAUGCCGCUGCCAGGCUUUCCGGAGGAUGCUCAGCCAGGGGUUGGCAGGCAGCGAGGACCCCCCCAACAGCAUCCCACCCCAGGGCCCCUUCGUCCUGGGCAACGUGCAGCCUGAGGUCUUCCUGGCUGUCAUCGAGUUCCUCUACACCAACAGUGUCACCCUCAACAGCCAGAUUGCUCUGGAGGUGCUGACCUCGUCGAUAGAGUAUGGCCUGCAGGACCUGUGCAAGAUCUGCGUUGAGUUCAUCAAGGACACACUGAGUGUGGAGCAGGUCUGCGAGGCUCUGCAGGCUGCGGUGACCUACGGGCAGGCAGACCUCCAGCAGCACUGCCUGGCCUUCAUCGAGGGCUGCACUGCGGCGGUGGUGCAGACACAGGGCUUCCAUGAGCUCUCUGACGCCGUGCUGGCACGGGUGCUGCGCAGCGACCGUCUGGCCGUGGAUGAGCUGGACCUGGUGCAGGCCGUGCGGGAGUGGGCACACGUCAGCUCAGCCGUCUUGGAGCGCCCAGUGCCCGAGGUGGCCGCCCUGCCUGUGCGGGAGCUGCGCCUGCCGCUGCUGGCACCCAGCGAGCUGGCGACACUGGAGAGCCACAACCAGCGGGACCUGCUCAUCCCGGUGGAGAGCAUCGCGGCAGCCUGGCGGGCCCACGCGCUGAGGAGGGGCAGCGGGGUGCCCUCCCGCCUCUGCCGGCCCCGGCGCGGCACGCGGCCCCGCGACCACCACCGCCACCUGGACCCGCAGGCCAAGUAG